UUUGUUAUCAAAUGUGGCGCUUGUGCGAAACGGCGUGUGGGAGUUUUUGAUUAGGUGGCGCCCUUGUUCUAUGAUGCCAAAUUUGAAAAAUAACCGAAAUGGAUGAAAUAUUAUCGAGUUUUGAAAAUUUAAAAAUAUCGGCCUUUAGUAAAUACAGUAAACUAACCGGGGACAUAAAUAACGUAACGAUUGGCCCAAACAGUACGAUCCUUCAUGAUGCUAAUGAAGAGGAACAGAAGACCCCUGAGCCGCAAAAGAGACAAAACUUAAUUGAAGACAAAUCACCGAGGAGUCCGCCACCUCUAAACCAAGUCCUACAUGUAAUUGAGACGCAACGGCGCGAAAAACUGCAAGAAACCAUCGAUGACCAUUACAACAAAUUUGAGAAAUUCUCCAAGUCACGUAAGGAGGAGAAGGAGAAUCAGUGGUAUUUCAAGCAGCAAGAGUUCAUCCAAAGCAUGCACGACACGGAACAGAUGAUCCUACAAAUGCUUAACCAGUCCGAUGCUAAUAAAUCCAAGCAAAAUGAGAACUUAAUCAAGCACUACCAGGACAUGGCCCAGCGGAAGAUGCAAUACGAGCAACAAUUGGAGAAGACUAAGGAGAAGCAACGCAUUUUGAAUGAACACAUCGAGAAAAUAAAAAAGUGCCAGCUCGAGUUCAGGUCGGUGUAUCAGGAAAUCAUCACAAUUAUCAAAACGUGUCCAUCAAGCGACGAAUUGAAGAAGUCCCUAGGUGACAGUUUUAAGUUGUUGAAAAUUCUCCCGGAAAGUUUAGACGAAGUCGUUGCCAAAUGCAGGAAUUAUAACGUUGAUGAGGAACAGUUUUUACGGGCUGUUAGCAUAGUCAAUCAGGUGAAAAACCUAAAGCACGAAAUUGAAGAAACUGUGUCCAGAAUUAACCACAAAAAGGUGGAAGAACCCGACAAAGCUGCGCCUUUAGCGCAGUCAACCCCAGUCAAAGUCGACCCCAAAACACCCGUUGAGAAGAACGACUCAAUACGAACUAUAACUGAUUGUGUUAGUGUAACGAAUUUGAAAAAAUACGCAGAAAUCAAGCAGUUUUUAUCAAACCAUAGCCAGUUGUAUAAAGACUUGCUUGCGGAGGAGCAGCUCAAACAAUUCAGAUUUGACUGCAAGAAGGCCAUAAACAUACCAGUCAACGCUUUAUCCGCUGUAAAUUCCGACCAUCUUAGAGAUAAAUACGUCAAACUCAACAAUUUGCUAUCGGGGAAGACUGUGAUCGUGGCAGACAGACAAGUAAAUGCUCUGAAACAUCCUCAAGGAAUUCCGUUCUGUAUGGAUUUACUAGCAAGAAAGUUUGUCCUGCAAGGCGAUCUAAUGAUUUCUAGCAAUCCAGAAGCCGCCUUUUGCUAUGCAACGAUAAUAGUUUCCCUGUGGAACGAUUUUCCCGACUUUGGGAAACUCCUUCUGGGCUAUUUUUACACAGAGUGCCCCUAUUUGGUACCAUUUUACAUCCCAAAAACAGAGGAACAAACAACCGAAGAGUACUACCAAGUCCUGGGUUACCACUACAUUGACGGGCAGAUCGAAAAACAGGACAAAUUUCUCAAACGAAUGACUGGAAUCUUGCGACUGUAUUUUGCCAUUUUCAUUGCCAAGCCAAAGCGGGGACAGACAAAAAACCCCUACGACAUUACAAACGCGUGGAUUUUUUUGGCCUCAAUCCUAAAAUUAAAACCACAGCUGGACAUCACAGCAACCGUUUUGCACGUUUUCCUCGAAACUGUUGGUUUUGAGAUGGAACUGGUCUACGGAAUGGCCUUCAAGAAAUUGGUUGUGAUUAUCAUGGAGAAGUUCAUGCCGACGUUGAAGAAAAUUGAUUCGGGGGGGCCCGUGACGAGGCUAGAGGUGCUGCUGCAAGACUAUAAAAGCAAGGGGCACUUUGAAACGCCCAAUGGGAUUUUACCCAACAAUUUCUGGUAAUUUAUUGUGUAUAUACAAGGAGAAAUAAACUUUUAUUAAUUUA